UAGAAAUUCAGUCUAUAUAAUUUAAUUUGUUAGGCGGGAAACUGCGAAAUUUUUACUAUAACAUAAUUUGGUAGAAAACAUUUUCCUUAUCUGUCUCCUUUUAAUUAAUUACAUACGGACUUUUGGCACCCUCUUAAGUGUAUACACCUACAGGUGAUUUCAGAUGUAAUGAAACAGUUCUCAUACAGUGAAUAUACUAAACAUGUUGUUCCGUGUUAUUAUUUUUACAACACACUAUAUACAUGAUUGCAAGUUAAAAUUAGUGCUCCCGGGAAAUAAGUAGCUGCCGGCAUUAAAAUAGCUCUCUAUUCUGUAUAUAAAGAACGUGACGGUCUGAAGAAAUGACCCUUUAAACCUUUGUUGCAACAUAUUAAAGAAAAUGGUGGGGCAAUCAAGUGCAUCUAAACGCCUUAGCGAACGUGUGCCAAGGCUUUUAUCUACAGCUAAGUCUAUUUAUGAAGACAAUUACAGUCUUGGAGCAAACUACUACAAACCAGUGAUUGAUCAUUUGAACAAAAAAGAUAUUAGAAAAGCAACAGUAAGUACAUCCUCUUGCUUAUCCACAAGAAACAGUGUGAUUGAGUUGAAUAAAAAAACCAAAGAGAUUCUAAAAGAUUCUAAGUUUCACACGAAAUCAGUUUUUCGACCUUGUACUCUAGCAGAAGUGAGUAAUUCAUUGGAAAAGGUGAAUCCAAGAAGAAAAAAGACAAGGAAAGAAAAAGAAUUAGUAAGACAAUUAAAGCAGCUAAAAGACAAAAUGGGAGAUGCAGCUCACGGUUACGACUCAGAUUUGGACAAAAAGGUUGAAUAUGAGCUAAAGGCAAUGCAGAAAUUUCUCAGAGGUAAAUCAGCCGAUGGUAUAGCUCACCAAUUACUUUCUGAAAGCAGAAAAAAUGUAGCCAUUGCCCAAGAAUUAGAUGCAAUUGAGAAGCAGCAACAGUCCGUUUUUGCACCUAUGUGCGCUUUAAAAACGACAUCAAGAGCUCAUCUCAAGGUAAUGGCAUCUCGUAUUGAUAAAAAACUUGAAGAAAACUUAAUUCGGCCAUUGGAAGAUCUCAGUGUCGAUCUUAAAGGAUUCAAUCGGAGAACAGCUGAAAUUUUUUACGAUAAAAGGUGA